AUGCCAGAGACUACGUCUGCGGCAGAUGAACAUGCUGCGGGCGAGGCUGAUGGUGUAGCAAGUGCAGAGUUUCAAGGUCUGCGUGGGCACCUACUGGUGGAAGCGAUUUUCCAGAAGUACGGGGCAGGAAUCAUGACGAUACCAUGGUUGAACGAGGCUCAAGGUGGAGUACACAGCGGUGGAGAUGGCAGGGCUGUUCCAGUUGAGAUUCGGAACAUCAAACGUGACCCAGUGAAUCGUCCUGUGAUGGAGUCGGUGGCAGAGGCAUACUGUGAUAGAAUUCUGCACAGCGGUCUCAAUGUGGAUUGCGCAGGCCGAGCUUGGAUGGUGUACAGCGGCAAUGGAUCUCUUCCAGCACACGCCAUUACCUUCAACCACCGUUCUGAGGCCAUGUACAGGGCUAUUGCCCGGGAACCUGGCAACGACUACGUGAAGAAGGGCCUCUCAACAGGGCUUGAGGGUGUGCGCAUGCUUCAAUCGGAUAUCAUAAACCUGGUCCACCAGCUGUCAGUGAUUAUUGUCAACGGAAUGACGAAGUACUACCCCAAGGAAUUCAUUUCUGCUGCGUUGGUUGAGGGUGUGAAGUUCUGCGUGUUCGUCAAGCCCGGGAGUGAAGCUGUCGCAACGAUGAACUUCAUUGUCACUCCAAUGGCUACGAGCGCUGUGUUCAAAAAGUUAGAUCAGGAGGCUGAGGCUGCGCCGGGCAAGGAUGAUGAUAAGGUGAAGGGCAAGGGGAAGAAGCGAUCAGGGCGAAGCAAACCAGCUGCUGAUGAUCAACAAACCACUCCCACCCAGUGGUCUAACCUUGCCCAUCCUAUUCCUGAUCCUUUCAGCAGCAUGGGUCACGAGCCCCCACUGGAUGCCAGCCGCCCGAAGACAGCCCUUGAUGAUUUCAUGAACAUUUUUUGCGAUGAAGUCAAGAGGGCUCGUGCAAAGGUGGCUGGGCAAAAGGCAGAGGCUGCCUUCCAGGAAUCGGUACUCUCAAUCUUCCGCCAUGCUUUUAGCUGCUUCUGCGAGUUCUCAUGGACAGGGUCAGUGGCUUUGAAUGGGAAAUUCUCCCGUGUUUACAGUGCGUUCAGGCCAGAGCUGGAGACGUUCUUGAGAACAGCCCUUGAAUUGGCUUCAGCAUCCAAUGUUCCUUCCAAAUCAGGGGAUGGCAAGGGAUUGACCCUGCUCGCCGACUUUGCUUUGGAUCUUGAUCCUGGGCUUCAGAUCGGGCAUAUCCCAGAUGACGAAGAAGCAGCGCUCCAACGCAUCAAAGCAAAGCACAAGUUGGCAGUCGAUCCAACCAUCACGCCGGACAUGGGUCUUGUAGCAGUGCUGCAGAAGAUCUACGAGUCCUUGAGGGAGGCUAUUCCGCAACAGUGGAUCACCUUGGCAGCAGACAUCAGCGAUCUUAUGGCUGUCCGCCGCGAUUUUGUCGAAGAUUCGGCCAGGCUUUUCAAUCGGCGGAAAGACUUGCUCGAUCGCUUCAUUUCCUUGAGGGCCAUCUAUGUGCUCACCAUUUUGAGGGACCUGGGCCGGUUGAAAAAGGCUGAGCCUGGGGUUGAUGAUGAUGAGGAUGACCAGGAUGCGGCUGAUGAGGAUGAGGCGGCGGGGAAGCUGUCUAUUGAAGACUUUAAGUCCUUCGAUCUGGAUUACUUGCUCUACGCUGGCACAAAGCCAAUUGAGGAGCACUUCAUGACAAGUGCCAAGCACACUAGUAAGCAUGUGCGCUUGAAUUUUGGCGAUCCGGAAGAAGAGGCGCAGGCUUAUGGUAGUGGCGACAGGCAAAAGCUGUCGAAAGUCACCAAGAAGGUGCAAACCGAGCGGCUCCUUCUUGCAAAUGUCCAGGAGAUCCUCAAAGACGAUACUUUGAGAAUGCAGAUCAUGCUUCCUUUUCUUGGCAACGUUUCAACACUCAAGGGGGCUCAGGGCUUCGAGAUUUGCCGACUGUUCGAUGUUCCUUUCUAUGUGAAUCCUCCACCAGCUCCAAAUGCAACCACAGCUACCAUUGUGCCUGCUUGGUUGGUUGGAACUACAAACAAGAUGGAGAAGGCAUCCAUGGAAGAGACCGACAUCAACGUCUACGCUGUAGCUUGGAUGAGCUUUGGAAUUUUUGAAUCUGAGGACAUUGCUAUUUUUCAAGUUGUCAAGGUCUUGACAGAGAGAUUGGAGAUUCAGUACUCGCCUCAAGACGGAGGUCCUGAGACGUCUUUGAAGACUAUCAAUUUCAACUUCAAAAUCAAAUUUGUGAAGAGCGGCAAAGGUGCACGCAAGGGAGCCGCGGCUAGCUCAGAUACUUCAACUCCGGUCGGAUACGCAGCAGCUUUGAAGUCAAGGACUGAAUUCAUGGAUUCUGCCGGGCUACUCACAUCUUUGCCGACAUUGAGCAAGGAAGAGAAGAAAGCGGAGAAGGAACGCAAAAAGGCUCUUACCAAUGCCAAGCACUUGAUGAAGUAG